UUGAUAGAUUAUUGGAUCUUGGCAUUGCAUUGCAGCAUUGAAUGUGGAAAUAGAAAAUUGAAUAGAGAGAGAGAGAGAAAUGGAGUCGGCGGUGGUUUCGAAUCAAGCGGCGGAGUUCGAUUACUUGUUCAAGCUCUUGAUGAUCGGCGACUCAGGCGUCGGCAAGAGCAGUCUUCUCCUCAGCUUCACCUCCGAUUCCUUCGAAGACCUUUCGCCUACCAUCGGUGUUGAUUUUAAGGUCAAAUAUGUUACUCUCGGAGGCAAAAAACUCAAGCUUGCAAUUUGGGAUACAGCUGGUCAGGAGAGAUUUAGAACCUUGACAAGUUCAUAUUACAGAGGUGCACAAGGAAUCAUUAUGGUUUAUGAUGUAACAAGGCGAGAAACAUUUACAAACCUUUGUGAUGUAUGGGCAAAAGAAAUAGAACUCUACUCAACAAAUCAAGACUGCAUCAAGAUGCUUGUUGGGAACAAAGUUGAUAAGGAAAGUGACAGGGUUGUAACAAAGAAAGAGGGAAUAAAUUUCGCCAGGGAAUCUGGGUGCCUCUUUAUUGAAUGCAGUGCUAAAACUCGAGUUAAUGUGCAGCAGUGCUUUGAAGAGCUUGUUUUAAAGAUUCUGGAUACUCCCAGUCUCUUAGCCGAGGGGUCUAAAGGGGUGAAGAAGAAUAACAUCUUUAAGGAGAAACUGCCGCAGGCUGACGCAUCAACGAGCGGAUGUUGCUGAAGCUUACUCACUUGUCUCAAACUAGUGCAUUUCAGAUCUCUAAUUAGCACUAAAUUGGUCCCUUGUCACUCCAGAAGGAAUUAUUCUCAUUCUAUGAAGUGCAAAUCUCUUGUAAAAUAUAGCUCAUCUGAUUUCUUCCGCAUUUUUUUUGUUUCCUAUGGGACUAAUUUGUGCGUACAAACACAAUUCAUAUUUAAUAUAUUCCCACUUUGAUAUUA